UUCACUUGACAACUCACCACCGACCCCAGUCACUGUCAAGUUCGCCAUGCCUGUCUUGAAGAUGGUUGCAGCAGACAUUCCUGUCAGGGCCACAGAGAUCAUCGAGACCUGGAUCGCUGAGCACCCUCAGUGCCUCCUCCCUCUACCCUCAGGUUGUCAUCAUGAAAACCCUCCAGUACAUCUGGGUGUUGGGCGAUCGCACCCUUCGACGGGAGGAAGGUCUGGGAUAUGACGACCCCGUCCCGUUUGUCACGCUUGACGAAUUCCUGCAGUGCGCCCACCUGUACGAGACGUUCCACCAGACCUACCAGCUGGUCUUCAAUAUCCACCCCUUCCGGUUUGUCCGAGAAAUCGUGCGACCGAGGAGGUUCUACCCCGGGGACUUUACUCCCAAGCCAAACCUCCUCAUGGAGGAGUUGGUGACUGUCCUGACGCCCCUCCUGAACCACAUCCUGGGGCUUACCCUCCCCUCGUUCAUCCGAGGAUCAACCAUGGAGGACCUUGCUGCAGGUCAAUACAGCCACGGGUUCCUUGCCCGUACACCGGAAGCCCACUCAACCGUCUGUCAGCCAGACUGGAGGUCUUUGUACUUCCCGGUGCUCCCGUUGAUGUCUAUGAUGGACCCCACUGGACAUGUCACUAAAAACUUGCCUCGGACACUCUGGGUCCCGUUCUCCUGGAUCCCUGAGCCUCAGCGAAAAGCCCUCCGGCUGAAGGAACCAAAGCAGAAGCGUCCAGCGCUUGUCAGGGAAUGGGGUCCAAAUGAACACCAGAUCCAACUGCGUGUUGGCCAGAAGUCCUGUGAGCCUAAGACCAGGCUAGAGCCCGUGGUUGGACCUAUCCAGUUCAGAGGACAGGCGCAACUCCCUCCUGACGUCGCUGAUCUGGUCGCCAAGCUCAAGAUAUCGUUCGAUCGGGAGUUACCCAUUUUGGCAGUGCGCGGCCCUACUGGAAGUGAGCGCACAUUGGUGUCAGUCGUCUCGGUUGAAGCCUCCAUUGCUCGGGCGACCUCACGGAUCUCAGCCUCACCUGACCGUUCUCAACCCUCCCAGGCGUCUGGCUCCACCCCAGGGAGGCAUGACGACGGACAGGUCAGAGCCCCCCAGCAGCUGAUCCCGCCCAUCUUUCCGGUGACCAAGGCCACCCUUCCUGCCGGGAUCCUGCAGCUCACUCCACAACAGAUGUGGGGCGUCGUUGUCAAUUGGUACGCAGCGCAGAACGAGGCUCGACUGCGCUGGGCGAAGGAUAACGGAAAAAACUUGGACGAGGCAUCCUUCUCACAUCCACUGGCUUGAUUACAUUCCCUGGCCUGUCUGACGCGACCUUCGUCCCCGAGGAGGUCCGUGCGCGCGAGCCCAAUGACAUGAACUCGGUUGAGUCCACCCUCUGGUCCUCAUUUUUGGAACAAUUGGACCUUGGAACCCAGCACGACCGCCGCCGGCGGGCGGGGAGCAGAAGGGACUGCCGAGGAAGCGCGCCACAGA